CGUACACUUCCCCGGUUGCCCCGCACAGCUUUCUGUAUAGGAUUAGGUGAAUGGCAAACUGCCGGAUAGAGUGAAAAUGGCGAUGAGAGCAAGGCAAAGAAUCCGGGCCCCUAGGAGGGUAAGUUCUCUUUCCCCGUUCUUAGUUGUGUGUCGUGUCCCGUUUAUGAUGGAUGUUGAUGGAUUAUGUUUCGUGUUGUCUUGUUGGACACACAUUUCAUUUCAACCCCAUACCACAAGCACCAAGUGAUCAGGCACUAAUGGGGCGCUAUUAGGGCCUUGCUGCCUCUGGACCGGAUGGGUUUGAGACAAAUUGGAACGAUCUGGCAACCUCCCUGAAGAAAAUUCAUACGAAAAAUGCAUCGAAUUUGUCCUUCGAGCAAUUAUACCGCAAGUCAUACAACAUUGUUUUAAUGAUGCGCGGCGAUGAUCUAUACGAACGAACGAAACAAUUAGAGAAAGAAUGGCUGUGCGAUGAAGUUCAGAAGCGGGUUGUCGCGGGGAUCUCGUCUAGCCUUCUCCUUGCCAAGGAAGUUAUUGAUAUGCAGGAUCAGGCAACGGAGAGACGGGUGGCAGGAGAAAAGUUUCUAGAAGUGCUAAAGGAAGCAUGGGAAGACCAUCAGCUGUGUAUGCAGAUGAUUACAGACGUGUUGAUGUACAUGGAUCGGGUUAUUGAAGCGGACCCGCGAAAGGUUUCGAUAUACCGAGCAGCUAUGGCUCUAUUUAGAGAUAACGUCCUGCGAUCACCGAUAGAACACAACAUGAAAACGACUGUCUCUGAUGUGCUCAAGUCUACCGUGCUUUUCAUGAUCCAGCUAGAACGGUCGGGACAUAUGAUCGACCGGCCUCUUAUUCGCCAUUGUAUUUAUAUGCUUGAGGGCCUUUACGAAACUGAGGCAGAGGAAGAGUCAUCUAAACUAUACCUGACCUCGUUUGAGCCAGAUUACUUGGAAACAAGUACGAUAUUCUACCAAGCAGAAGGCAAGCGGUUGUUGGAGAUGGCAGACGCUGCCACAUUUUGUAUUGCUGCCUGGGACCGCAUAUCUGAAGAGAAAGAGCGAUGUCUCUAUACACUCUCCCUCCAUACCGAACCGAAAAUCAAGGAGGUACUCGAUAACGAGCUGAUUAGAAAAAAUCUUGCGGAAGUCAUCAACCUUGAAGGUACCGGAGUGCGAGUGAUGCUGGACAACGAUAGGAUAGAACCCUUGGGAAAGAUAUAUGCGCUCAGUGCGCGGGUUGAUAGUAAAAAGGCCUUUUUAACUGCAGCAGUCCAAAAGCGCGUCGUUGAAAUGGGUCGCGAGGUCAACGCUGCAUCAAUUGCCCCAGCACAACCAUCCGGUUCUGCACCUGCGAAGUCGACUGAGCCCAAUGCGGGCGAGAAGAAAGAGAAAGAGAAGCCUGUAAACCAACAGACCGCAUCAGCUAUCAAAUGGGUAGACGAUAUUCUAUGCCUCAAGAAGAAGUUCGAUGACAUUUGGGAGAAAGCAUUCCAGUCUGAUCAGGUUUUGCAAAGUGCUAUCACCACAAGUUUUUCAGAGUUCAUCAACUCCACCCCACGAAGUUCGGAGUUUCUUUCGCUAUUUUUCGAUGAAAACCUUAAGAAAGGCAUCAAGGGAAAGACAGAAAGUGAAGUUGACGCUCUUCUCGACAACGGCAUCACUCUGUUGCGAUAUGUCAAAGACAAGGAUCUUUUCGAAGCAUACUACAAGAAGCAUCUCUCUCGCCGACUCUUAAUGAAGCGCUCAGUAAGCAUGGAUGCGGAACGGCAGAUGAUUUCUAAGAUGAAGAUGGAAGUUGGAAAUCAAUUCACGCAGCGUCUCGAGGCCAUGUUCAAAGAUAUGACGAUCUCCGAGGACCUUACUGGAAGCUACAAACAACAUGUACAACGCUCAGGCGACCCGGAUCAGAAACGGGUCGAGCUGGAUAUCAAUGUACUCACCAGUACCAUGUGGCCGAUGGAAAUUAUGUCAAACACGAGAGACGGACAGGUCGAGCUCCCGUGCAUUUUCCCCAAGGAAGUCGAAAGCGUCAAGCAAAGCUUUGAGCAAUUCUAUCUGAGCAAGCACAACGGCCGGAAGCUUUCAUGGCAACCUAGUAUGGGCACAGCAGACAUCCGGGCGACCUUCCAGCGGUCCAACGGAAAGACGCAACGGCACGAGCUUAACGUGUCUACGUACGCUAUGAUUAUCCUACUACUCUUCAACGAUGUGCCUGCCGGCGGAUCCUUGACUUUCGAGGAGAUUCAGACCCGCACCCGAAUUCCGGAUUACGACCUAAUCCGAAAUCUACAAUCACUUGCAGUUGCCCCUAAAACUCGAGUCCUUAAGAAAGAUCCAAUGAGCAAGGAUGUAAAGCCAACUGACAAGUUCGUUUUCAACAAUGAUUUCCAGAGCCCGUUUAUGAAGGUGCGCAUUGGCGUAGUGAGUGGUGGCGCCAACAAAGUCGAGAACCAAGACCAGCGAAAGGAGACAGAGAAGCGGAUGGCAGACGAACGGGGAGCUAGCAUCGAGGCCGCGAUUGUGCGAAUUAUGAAACAACGCAAGAAAUUGAUUCACUCGAACCUCAUGAGCGAGGUGCUCAGCCAGCUAUCUGCGCGGUUUGUACCUGAUGUGAACAUGGUUAAGCGACGGAUUGAAAGUCUGAUUGACCGCGAGUAUCUCGAGCGUAUUGGUGAAGAGCCUCCUAUGUAUGGAUAUGUUGCGUGAUAUUCUAUAGCAUGGUGAGGCGCACGGUAAUUUCUUUUGCUCUGAUUUGAUAGACUUGAUUUUAUAUUGACUUGAUGAAUUCACUGCACACCUCUUUCCUGCUACUAUAUGGUAGAACCCGAUGUUGGAUAAGACUCUAGU